UACCAAGUAAAGUCACCAUAUCACAACAAUAACUAUUACCUAUGAUUCUCCAAUUAAGUAGACUUGGGUUCUCCCAUCAUCAUCAUCAUCAUCACCAUCCCGGCCGCCACCGCAAUAUGUCGCAAGCCGGUUUAACAUCCUUACAAGCUUUCCGAUCACUAGUUUCCGAAAACUUAAACCGGGCAUUAGAAAGUUUGAAACUUGGAUCGGAAUUCUUGUCAUUAACAUGGAUCCACCAGUGUUUCCAAAUGGUACCCAUGAUAAACAAUGCUUUUGCAAAGUUGAUGGUGGAGAUAGAUUAUCCAGUGACAAGUUGGGAAGAUUGUUCCAUUGAUGAGUAUCUUGAUUACACCAUUAACUUGUUAGACCUUAUGAAUUAUAUUAGUUCUUCUAUUGCUCGUGUCAAUCAAGCUCGUGUUUCGCUUACGCAUGCUUUAAGUCUCAUGGAAAGAUCUCCAGCUCUUGCUAUAGAGCGUAUGAAUGAGAUCAAGACACAUGAUCAUUCCAUCAUGGAGUUUAAAGAUACUAGAUGUGAUGUAGACAGGAAGCGGAACGAAAACGCAUGCAUAUUUCAUGAAGCUAUGAUAGUUUUGAAAAGUACUGGAUUUUGGGUGUGUGGGGUGGUGUUAUCCGGAUUAAAGAGUGAAGUUGAUCCGACUAUGAAGAUUAUGGUAAACUCGGUGUUGGUGGAUCCUUCGUUGAUGGCUUUGGAUUCUGUCUUCAGGAAGAAAUAUAUGGAGGAAGGGGGGAUUGUGAAGGAAGUUGAAGGAGUGAAUGAGAGUGUUCGUAUGAUUAUUUCGAGUGGAAUUCAUGAUUGUGAUGGUGGAAUGGAAUUGAAGAGAAGAUUGGAGGUGGUUGGGAAUGGAUUGAAGAGUUUAAAAGAGGAAGAAGAAUGUCUUUUUGCAAGUGUAAUGGCUGCUAGGAAUGAAGUGGUAGAGACACUUAGAAGGAAUAACAAGUAGUAAUUAUGUUUUGACUUCUUUGUAUGUGUAUGUCAAAUGUUUUCUGUAUAUGGAUUGAAAACUGUUGUAAAAACUCCUUAAUUCUCAAAAAUUGUCUCUGUGUGUUGUGAACUGAUUUAGUGAGUAUGAAUAAUAUAUCUACGGUUUUGUAUA